UCCAUUGCUUGUUCAUCGUUCUCUCCUACUCUGUUUCCAGACUAAUCGAUUAGGAGUCGCCGGAGGAAUGCCUUGUGCUCCGGCGGCCGCCGCGUGUGUCGACCGUCAUCACCACCACCAAAGCGGAGGCGGAGACUGCGGGGCGGCGCUGUUGCCUCAUCGGUGCACGGGGCACAGUGUGCCGGCGGCCGUGGCGCGGCACCACGACCACUCCGUGGGACCACAGCAGUGCUGCUCGGCGAUGAUGCAGUGCGUCGCCGCGCCGCUGGCAGCGGUGUGGUCUGUGGUCCGGCUCUUCGACCGGCCGCAGACGUACAAGCACUUCGUUAAGAGCUGCAGCGUCGUCGCGGGCGACGGCUCCGUCGGCACCCUGCGCGAGGUGCGCGUCGUCUCCGGCCUGCCAGCCGCCACCAGCACCGAGCGCCUCGAGAUCCUCGACGACGAGCGCCACAUCCUCAGCUUCCGCGUCGUCGGCGGCAUCCACCGCCUCGCCAAUUACCGCUCCGUGACCACCCUCCACCCGCGCGAAGCCGGCCACGGCGGCGGCACGGUGGUGGUGGAGUCGUACGUGGUGGACGUUCCGCCUGGGAACACCGCGGAGGAGACGAGGGUGUUUGUCGACACCAUCAUCAAGUGCAACCUCCAGUCGUUGGCGAGGAUCUUCGCCGGCAGCGGUGCGUCGCCGACGAUGGCGGGAGAGCAACCACGUAAUCAGAUACCAAUAUGAAUGGCUGCAUUUCUCAUAUCCUCUGUUUCUUUCUGUAGUUUUUCUACCCUUUCCUCUGUUUGUUAUAUCAAACUUAAUUAAGCAAAAAGAUCAAAAUGACACGCUUAUUAGGGUUUUCA